AUGGACGCCGUCCUUCGCCAGUCCAAGGCCAUGUGCCCCUUCUUGAAGACGGCCUCGCCUGCCACCCUGCGCGCCCUGUCCACCUCGACCCGUCCCCAGGCCGCCCUCCCCUCGACGGCUGCCGCCUCUCCCUGCGGCGGCACCAUGUCCAAGCUUCAGCUGCUCGGUCAGCGGUGCCCCGUCAUGGGCAAGGCCAUGGCUGUCCAGACGGCCAAGCACCGCGCUGCUGCCUCGGUUCGAGCCUUCUCUGGUCACUCCAAGACCGGCAAGGCCAAGAUUCACACCAGCCGUAACCAGGAGGCCCGCGCCGUCGACCGCCCGCUCUUCGAGGGUCGCGACAAUGCCCCCAUUCCUCCUGGAACCAACCCGAACCGAAAGGCUACCUCGGCCUCUCCCGUCGCUGCUGCCGCCGCCGCUGGCUUCCACUCUCCUGGUAAAUUCGACUACGAAGGCUUCUACAAUGCCGAGCUCGACAAGAAGCACAAGGACAAGUCGUAUCGCUACUUCAACAACAUCAACCGUUUGGCCAAGGAAUUCCCCCGCGCGCAUAUGUCUGACAAGGAGGAUCGAGUAACUGUCUGGUGCGCAAACGAUUACCUGGGCAUGGGUCGAAACACUCAUGUCUUGAACAAGAUGCAUGAAACCCUCGAGGAGUAUGGCGCUGGUGCUGGUGGAACCCGAAACAUCUCCGGUCACAAUAGGCACGCUGUCGAGCUCGAGGGUACACUGGCCAAGUUGCACGCUAAGGAUGCAGCUCUUGUGUUCAGCUCAUGCUAUGUGGCCAACGAUGCGACUCUGGCAACACUGGGUAGCAAGAUGCCCGAUUGUGUGAUUCUGUCGGAUAGCCUGAACCAUGCCUCCAUGAUCCAGGGCAUCCGACACUCUGGAACCAAGAAGAUUGUGUUCAAGCACAACGACAUCCAGGACCUCGAGGCAAAGCUUGCGUCUCUGCCGCUGCACGUACCCAAGAUCAUCGCCUUUGAGUCGGUGUACAGCAUGUGCGGCUCCAUUGGUCCAAUUGAGGAGAUUUGCGACCUUGCUGAAAAGUACGGUGCCAUCACCUUUCUCGAUGAAGUCCAUGCUGUCGGCAUGUACGGUCCUCACGGUGCUGGUGUUGCUGAGCACCUGGACUGGGAGGCGCAUGUCAAGGGUGCCCCUCGGGGAACUAUCAUGGACCGCAUUGACAUCAUUACUGGCACUCUGGGCAAGGCGUAUGGCUGCGUUGGUGGAUACAUUGCCGGCAGCUCCAAGCUCGUUGACAUGAUUCGCUCUCUGGCUCCUGGCUUCAUCUUCACCACUUCGCUGCCUCCUGCGACCAUGGCUGGCGCCAAGACGUCGAUUGAGUAUCAGAUGGAGUAUGAUGGUGACCGACGACUCCAGCAGCUGCACACUCGGGCUGUCAAGGAGGCGAUGAACGCCCGAGACAUCCCCGUAAUUCCUAACCCCUCCCACAUCAUCCCCAUCCUUGUUGGAAACGCGGAGACUGCCAAGGCGGCUUCCGACAUGCUUCUCAACGACUACCGAAUCUAUGUGCAGUCGAUCAACUACCCCACUGUCCCUGUCGGUCAGGAGCGUCUCCGAAUCACUCCCACCCCUGGACACACCAAGGAGUACCGAGAUCAGCUCGUCCAGGCUGUUGACGAGAUCUGGACUCGGCUCAACAUUAAGCGAACUUCUGAUUGGGCGGCCGAGGGCGGCUUCAUCGGUGUCGGCGAGGAGGGCAACGUUCAGGAGCCCCUCUGGACCGACAAGCAGCUCAACGUGGAGCAGGCGACCGAGGAGAUCAAGGCCACUGGCAAUGCGGCCAAUGGCAUCACCGAGGCGCUCCUUGAGCUCGAGUCGAGGCAGACUUCCGAGGCUGCCACGGCUGCUUAA